GCUGCCUGUGCCAGCGACGCACAAGAAGUCGGACUUGAAACGCAGCAUGAAGCGCAGAUCGGCUGUCUCAUCCUGAGCUUAUCGAUGAAGCUGCUUCUAAAAUCUUAGAUCUAUGUCUGAUUCAAAGGACACUGGACUCUCCUUACUUUCCCACAAAGCGCUCCGCCAGUUGUCAACUUAAGUGGACGCUCAGCAGAUUUAAAAUGAACGAAGGACAGGUAAACAACUCCACUCAUCUGUACGACAACUGGACAUUUUAUAACUCUUCCUUGGACUACAUCACACCCAGGAAGAACAUCACAUAUGUUGGCUAUUACCUACACCAGCCGUCCACUGCAGCCAUCUUCAUCGUGUCCUACCUGCUGAUCUUUGUGGUGUGCAUGGUGGGAAACGGUGUGGUGUGCUUCAUUGUGCUGAAAAGCAGAAAUAUGAGGACAGUGACAAACCUGUUCAUCCUGAACCUCGCUGUGAGUGACCUGCUGGUGGGAAUUUUCUGCAUGCCAACAACUCUUCUUGACAACAUAAUUACAGGAUGGCCUUUUGGAAGCCUGGUUUGCAAAAUGAGUGGCAUGGUUCAAGGGAUUUCAGUUUCAGCCUCCGUCUUCACUCUGGUUGCCAUUGCAGUUGAUCGGUUCAGAUGCAUUGUCUACCCAUUCAAGCAAAAGCUCACCAUAUCCACAGCGUCAUUGAUCAUCGUCGUUAUCUGGGUCCUGGCGAUAUCUAUCAUGUGUCCAUCUGGUGUAAUGCUGCAGGUGACCAAGGAGCAAACCGUUCGGGUCUUACUGGGUUACGACAACAAGACCAGCCCCUUUUACUGGUGCAGAGAGAACUGGCCUAACCAGGAAAUGAGGAAAAUUUACACCACUGUCCUGUUUGCAAACAUCUACCUUGCCCCUCUUUCCCUCAUUGUGAUCAUGUAUGCUCGGAUUGGGAUUACACUCUUCAAAACAGCUGUUCCCACUGGAGGAAAGCCAGGCCCGGACAACCGCCACAAUGUGUCAAAGAAGAAGCAAAGGGUGAUAAAAAUGCUUCUCAUCGUUGCUCUGCUUUUCAUUCUUUCAUGGCUGCCUCUAUGGACUCUCAUGAUGUUGAGUGAUUACGCCAGGCUGACGGAGCAGCAGUACAGGAUUAUCAACAUUUACAUCUACCCCUUCGCACAUUGGUUAGCCUUCUUUAACAGCAGCGUCAACCCAAUCAUCUAUGGCUUCUUCAAUGAGAAUUUCCGUCGAGGUUUCCAAGCUGUGUUUAAGUUUAGCCUGUGUGCAGCAGAUGGACAGAGGCGGAAAAGCUACUCACACAGAUUGCAAGGAAACUCUGUGCUCCCAGCUAAUAACGUACAGACAUCAUUGGAGCCCAUUUCCUUAAACAGCAUGGAUAAGAACGCUUCCAGGCGAGUCAAUCAUGUCCCUGAACGGGAACUAGUGAUGGAGGACCUGGAAAAGGGAUCAUGCAGUAGUGGAGGUGUGACUGCUGUGUCAAUCUGAUAACAGAUGUUUUCUUCAUUUAUUUUAAGGAUGUCGAAAUUUAAAUCUGCCGUGCCUAAGUAAAGUACCACAACUAAUUGAAUGAGUUUCAAAUAUUGUUGCCAAAUAUGAAAUUUUUUAGUACGGACUAAUGGACAAAGAUAAAACAUAGGAAAAUCUAUUCAGAAAGUGAAACUUAUUCCUCAAUGUGAGCAACUUACCUUAAACUUACAACUCUUAAACUGACCAGUGUAAAUACAGUAAUUUUUUGGUUAAAAUUUUAUCAUUUAUUGGGGUUAAAAUUCAAAGCUUAUUGUGUUGUUUGUAUCCUAAUGAUCUGUUUAGGGCAAACUUGUCAUAAAAUUUUCUGCACAGAAAAAAGGUAAGGUCUGGCAAUAUUACAAGCAUUUUUCUCCUCUCCCAUCGGCACUAUAAAAGUGUAUUUUUGAAUAUUUAUUAGAUGCAGUAAAAAACGUAUGCGCCAUGACACCUGCAGAGCACAUUUCAAGUGAAUGAAUAAAAUUUAGAUUUUGGUUGUAGUAUUUGAGAUGUUUGUAAAGAAUAUGGGGUAAAAACGUUUUCAAUCAAUGAAGGAAAACAAUGCAAGGUGACUGCAAAAGGGAGCUCUUCUGUAACUAGACUUGAUUUUUGGAGAAAUUAACUGAAAGAGCCCAGAUUAUUUUCUGAUAUUAGGUUGUAAAGUUUCCUUAUAUCCACUCCUUCCUUGUACUGACUUUGACCCUUUCUCUACAAAAAUAUCUGAUUCCUUAUGGUAAAGGUGCAACAAGAUGUUUAACCAUUGCUCUGAAAUUCUACACCCUUUUCACAUCAUUAGAUAAUUUGGUUACUGCAGAUUUAUUAGCUGCGCUUGAUUCAAGACUAUAUAAAUCAUCAUUAGAUCUAGAGAAAAUAUAGGUCCCAUAGGUAUAGUGAACUAGUUGUCAAAUUCAUGAAACCAGUCUGGUAUGUCUUAAAAUUUGUGACCUAGUGCAUUAUCUUUGUCAUGAUUGGUUACAGAGUAAACCCAAUAUGCAGAACACACACGGAGGCUGAUGAAAAGUUUAACAGGUUUAUUGUUAACACAAGCACAUGAAUAUUGCACUGGAACUGGUUCAGGCCUGGGGGCAGGUUCACUGGAGUCUGCAGGGAUGACAGUUCAGUUAGCACAGGGACUGAUGAGUUAUGAGUCUUAGAGUUUGCUGACGAAUACCUUGAAGGAGUCCGGGUUUCUCUUUGAGAGAGGUAACUGUUGGGUCCAGAGACUGUUUGUUCAGCAGAGUCCAAUAACUGCUUCAGCGUCUUACUUCUGACUUUGAGGGCAGACCUUGAUUUGGGUUUCCAGCUCUUA